AUGGCGUGGGUGAGCUUUCCCAACCAGGAACAGUUGUGCCAUUCUGUUCUGGCAGGAGACACUCCGGAGCACAUCGGUGGCACCACGCUGUUCGGGGACAAUGUGGAGGACGAGUGGUUCAUCGUGUACCUCGUGCGGGAGAUCAGCCGCGCCUUCCCGGAGCUGGUGGCCAGGAUCGAUGACAACGAUGGGGAGUUCCUGCUGAUCGAGGCGGCCGAUUUCCUCCCGAAGUGGCUGAGUCCUGAGAACAGCGAGAACAGGGUGUUCUUUUACAAGGGAGAGCUACACAUCAUUCCGCUGUCAGAGACAGAAGAGCAGCAGUGGGAGGAGCUGCCUGCUGAAAGCCUCACCAUCUCAGAAGCAUUGGCACUGUUACCUGCCCAUUCAGAGGAGUUCCUGGCUGCAGAACCCAUUCGAAGAGCUGUGUAUAAACGUAUCAAUGGAUAUCCUGAGAAAAUCCAGGCCUCUUAUCACCGAGCACACUGCUACCUCCCAGCAGGCAUCGUGGCAGUGUUGAAGCAGCGCCCGUCGUUGGUGGCUGCAGCAGUCCAGGCCUUCUACCUGCGGGAUCCCACCGAUCUGAGGGCAUGUCGCUCUUUUCACACCUUCCCUCCGGAGGAGCGUGUGAUGACCACGGUUACAUUCACCAAGUGUUUGUAUGCACAGCUCGUGCAGCAGAAGUUUGCUCCAGACAGGCGCAGUGGAUACACGCUGCCCCCUCCAUCCCACCCACAGUACAAAGCCCACGAGCUGGGCAUGAAGCUGGCUCAUGGCUUUGAAAUUUUGUGCUCCAAAUGCAGUAAAGUUUCUCCUGAUCUGGAGAGAAAGGAGUUCAGGGGUCCCCUGUGGGAGAGGUACCUCCGCAGCCUGAAGGAAAAAGAUUAUUUUAAGGGAGAAAUGGAAGGCUCUGCAAAGUACUUGGAACUGUUGCGUAUGGCAGAACAUUACUUCCAGCAAUCUGUUAACAAGCCAGAAAGCUCUGUUGAAAUGAGUCCCGGCGAUGAAAUCUUGACAUUGCUACGGACAACAACGUUUGAUGUGAAGGAGUUCGAGAGAGAAGCAACUUGUCUUCCUCCAGAGGAUGAUGACAGUUGGCUGGAGAUUUCUCCUGAUGCUUUGGAUCAGAUGCUGAAGGAGGCAACAGGUGAAUCCCACCCUUCCUCAAACGAAGAAGAGCAGAAAUAUGACUUGGAAGCAGUUGCUGAAAGUAUGAAGGCUUUUGUGUCCAAAGUCUCAACGCACAAAGGAGCAGAAAUGCCAUGGUCAUCUGAUGAAACCAACGUUACCUUUGAUGUAGACUCUUUUACAAAAGCAUUAGACAGAAUUUUGGGGGCAGAUUCAGAAGAGCUGGAUUCUGAUGAUCUGGAUGAAGAGGAGGAGUUUAACUUCUCAGAUGAGGAUGAUGAUGACCUAGAUGCUGAAAAUCAAAGGGAAGACGAGGAGGUAUCACCUAAGGAACUUAUAGGCAGUCUUAAGUCAUACAUGGAUGAAAUGGAUCGUGAACUGGCACAAACCAACGUUGGGAAAAGUUUUACCACUCAGAAGAAAGGGGCAAAUUCUGCUAAAGCAACUACAUCUCAAAAUGCUGGCCUUGAUUCUGAAGAGGAGUAUGCUGAGGUGACACCAGUUGAUGUGGAUAUGAACCUAGUAACUAACCUGCUUGAAUCUUACAGUGCUCAGGCUGGACUGGCAGGACCCACCUCUAACAUUUUACAGAGCAUGGGGGUGUAUUUACCUGAAAAUACAGAUCGUAUUGGUUCUAGUGAGGGUGCAGCAGAAUAAGAGACUCUCUUAAUUCAGAAGACGUGGCUGAUUGGGAAAAGAGACACAGACAAAGUAGCAGCAUUUGGAAGAAGAGAUGAGAUUUGAAUUUAAAGCAUUUUAUACAUGUGCUUUGUGUGGCUUUAAAGACGUAAAGUGAAUUUACCUGGAAAUGCUGUCUACCUGGAAAUCCUGUCUUUGACAGGAUUAGGAGUUCUCCAGUUAUGUUUUCAGAGCACUGCAAAAUGAUGCUGUGAUGUGAAUGAAGACAAAACAUUUCUUUAAAGCUGGCAUUCCAAUCUGCUGUAUUUCUGAAAUGUCCUUUACCCAUAGCAAAGUGCUGCCACUAUCUGAAAAAAGCUGCUGCAUUUGGGGGGAGGCAGAGGAAUACCAUGCUGGAGAGGCAGCGUUCUCUUGUGUGGAUUUGGGAAUGCUGAUCCGAUGUUCAUCAGACAUUUGAAUACUUUUCCAAAAGUACAAAUGCUGCAUUGUAAGAACUUUUGAUAAUUGCUAUAAGAAUAUUUUGUGUUGUACUAAUUAGAAGUACUUGAUGAUGAGUGAUCUGAUAGAAUAUGUAAAUAUCGCUAUCUUUUUUGAAUUUAUUUAAAAUAAAAGCAGUAGUCCAACUAGA